AUGUUCCGCGCUGUUUUGCCCCGUGCCGCGCCGCGGGCCAGCCUCCGCGCUUGCGGCCCUAAGGCUGUCCCUUCCACCUUCAUCGCCACUCCUAUGAUCCUCGUUGGCUCAAAACGUGGCUACGCCUCUGAGUCAGGUGAUCACGAUCUGGUUAUCAUCGGUGGUGGUGUUGCCGGUUACGUUGCUGCCAUUAAGGCUGGUCAGGAGGGUUUGAAGACCGUCUGUAUCGAGAAGCGCGGAAAGCUCGGUGGUACUUGCUUGAACGUCGGCUGUAUCCCCUCCAAGUCCCUCCUCAACAACUCCCACCUUUACCACCAGAUUCUCCACGACACCAAGAAGCGCGGUAUUGAGGUCGGCGAUGUGAAGCUUAACCUCGCUCAGAUGCUCAAGGCCAAGGAAACCUCCGUUGAUGGCCUGACCAAGGGUGUUGAGUUCCUGUUGAAGAAGAACGGCGUCGACUACGUCAAGGGUGCCGGUUCUUUCGUUGAUGCUAACACCGUCAAGGUUGACCUGCUCGAUGGUGGUGAGCAGCUCAUCCGCGGCAAGAACAUUCUCAUUGCCACUGGCUCCGAGUCCACUCCUUUCCCCGGUCUUAACAUUGAUGAGAAGCGCAUCAUCUCCAGCACUGGCGCUCUCGAGCUCCAGGAGGUCCCCAAGAAGAUGAUUGUUAUCGGUGGUGGUAUUAUUGGUUUGGAGAUGGCUUCCGUUUGGUCCCGUCUCGGUGCUGAGGUCACCGUUGUUGAGUUCCUUGGCCAGAUCGGUGGCCCCGGUAUGGACGCUGAGAUCGCCAAGCAGACUCAGAAGAUUCUCGCCAAGCAGGGCAUCAAGUUCAAGACCAACACCAAGGUCGUCAAGGGUGAUGACAGCGGUGCUCUCAUCAGUCUCAACGUCGAGGCUUCCAAGGGUGGUAAGGAGGAGACUCUCGAUGCGGAUGUUGUCCUCGUCGCCAUUGGUCGCCGCCCCUACACCGAGGGCCUGAACAUCGAGAGCAUCGGUAUCGACAAGGACGAGCGUGGCCGUCUCGUCAUCGACCAGGAGUACCGCACCAAGGUCCCCCACAUCCGUGUCGUCGGUGAUGUGACCUUCGGUCCCAUGCUGGCCCACAAGGCCGAGGAGGAGGCCGUGGCUGCCAUCGAGUACAUCAAGAAGGGCCACGGUCACGUUAACUACGCCGCCAUUCCCUCCGUCAUGUACACCCACCCCGAGGUCGCCUGGGUCGGCCAGAACGAGGCUGAGGUCAAGGCUUCCGGUGUCAAGUACAACGUCGGUUCUUUCCCCUUCAGCGCCAACUCCCGUGCCAAGACCAACCUCGACUCCGAGGGUACCGUCAAGUUCAUCGCUGAUGCCGAGACCGACCGUAUUCUCGGUGUCCACAUCAUUGGCCCCGGUGCCGGCGAGAUGAUCGCCGAGGCCACCCUUGCCAUCGAGUACGGCGCCUCCAGCGAGGAUAUCGCCCGCACAUGUCACGCCCACCCUACCCUCUCCGAGGCCUUCAAGGAGGCUGCCAUGGCCACCUACUCCAAGCCCAUCCACUUCUAG